AUGGUGAAAACUCGUAAUCGACCUGAGAGUCGAUCGAAACGCGAAAAAGUUUCUGAACGCGUUACGGAUAUUAUUGCUACCACGAGGAAAUGGCUCUUUCCAGAUGGUGUCUCCCUCAAGCACAUCCGAGAUGUUGCCCACCGUCUUCCCCGCGAACGCCAAAAACACUUUAUCGACAAAUUCUCGUCAAUGGAGCGCUUGAGGAGCUUUUGCACCUUGGCUGAUAACGCUCGAGCAACAAGUUCAACCAUCAACGAAGAUAUUUUAAAACUGGUCGUUGAAGAAAACGGAGAAAUUGAGUUAUCUCCACAUGUGUUGUUCAUCCUUCAUCAGCGGCUCCCUAGCUUGAGAAAUAGAAUCUCUCAAAUUAAAAGAGAAAGAAAUUACGAUUGUCUUGAUUCUAUUUUGAAAUUUCCAGAAAACUGCGGUGCUGAUCUCCAAAAUGAAUACUGGAAGCUCCUUCUGACAGGGAAAUGCAAGUCGAAGCAGUGGAAAGAGGAGGUGGAGAAUCUGAUGAGAAAAGCUGCUCAUUUGCAAAUACCGAACGGGUUCAAAACUGACACGAAGAUUCUCUUCGAAACUGGCAAGUCUUAUGAUGCGAUUGUGAUUCCCUCCGACGCGGUUGGAACGAUGGUGAUUCCGCUGUCAAUCCAUCCGGACGAGAUUGAGACGCUUUCGACGAUUUCCUACAGAAAAAAUGUCCACAGGCUCAUUUUGAGUUCGCGCUCCCCCUUCUUCCGAAAACUGUUCGACAGGAGGACAGAUUGUCCUCUUGGCCACAUUUCCUUGGUCGUCCUUGACUCUAGCAUCAUUCCUAGCCAUCUUCUCAAGAUCGUCCUUUCGUUCUUCUACACGAGUGAACUUCCGUCCUUGGACAUGGAAUCGUCUCAGAAAUCAUGCGACCUUGCGUCUGACACUGAACUGACAGACUUGCCAAUUUCCAUCCGAAGAGCAGUUGCUUUGUUCGGGGUGGGCAAGAUUCUUCAGAUGACGUCGCUCAUUCAGGCAGCUGAAGACAAAAUUGCUCACGAGCUGUCUUAUAAUACCGUUCUUCCCAUCCUUCAAUGGGCAGAGCGUGACCAUGGCAGCUCCUUCGUUUCCCGCAAAUGCCUCGCCUUCAUCAGGGAGAACUUCCACCACCUCUCUCAAACGGGCAUUUUGACCGGGUUGACGACAGAAGAGAUGAUAAAGCUGCUCCAAGAUGAUUAUCUUCAAGCGCAUGAGUUGGACGUUCUUCGCGCCGCGCUCAGAUGGGCGGAAAACACUGCCCGGGAGAAGGAACCGGAUAUCAUCAAAAAGAGAAAAAAGGAACCCUCCAACGAUCUGAUCAGAAAUGCUCUUGCGCCUCUCCUUCCUUACAUCCGCCUGGAGUACAUCCUUCCCGCAAACUGCCCCGAUCUAGCAAAGGUCUUCCAGAGCGGCCUCAUCCGAAAUCCUCCCACUUCUAUAGACGGAUCUACAACGAUCGGUCGAGGAUGGGACUAUGGCGACUCCCGCUCCCCUCGAUUUUACAAACCUUUUGUUGAAAUUUUCCUGGAGCUGAACUCAAAUGAAUGGUCAGAAGAAUCAUGCCAUGGGAUUGAAACUGUGCCCCGAGCGAGUGCUGUGGGUCUAGAUACUCCUGAGAUCAUUCAGAAUUGCGAUCACACAAUAAUUCCGCAAAAAGUUGACGAGAUUCUCGAGCAGAAUCUAAUCCUCCCUUCCGAAACAGUUUGCUGCCAAGUGUUGAAAAGGCUCCACUCGCUUCAGCAAAAACACCAGCCGAUUAUACCGCGCCACAUGCAUUUCCUUCGACUCACUGCUCUAAGAGAGCAUUCUCUGCCUGAUGGACUCAUCGCCGUCCUCCGCGAUCCUUACCAGUAUUUUCCAGGCUCAAAGAACAUAAAACACCACUACGCCCUCGUCCAGCGAUACCGCUACUACAAAAAACUCAACGACAACGCUUCAUCCUCCGCGGCCUCACCUCCAACUGCUUCCGCUUCAAACCGCCCCUUUCACCCCCAACCUGAUCUUCUUGGAAGCCCAUCGAGAACGAAUUCGUUAACAUCUGCUCCUUCGCGAUCACCACAAAAACCUUCAGCAUCCACUCUCGUCAGGCUUAUGCAAUCGCCAGUAAGGAAGAUCCGACAAAACUUCAGAAGUUUGACGGCGACGACUCCUGAUAGAAAUCAAAACAACCACAGCUGCGUCAUCGACUACAUUCCCUCAUUAAAUAAAGGCGCAAAAGCCAAACCCACCCUCCCUUCCGGCUCAAUGACUCUGCCUGACAUCGCCACGACGUCGAGAGGAAUCGAAAAUUUAACUUACCGCACGAGCUCUUCUAAUUCCUCGACGGAAUAA